AUGCCUAAGAGAAACGACGCCGGCCACAAAGCGCCCCCAAGGGCGUCGAAUCGUCCAAGCAGUCCUUGUUACGGCCAUGACGACGCCAGUCUCAACGAGGACUGGAGGUCGGCGAGCGAUCCCGCGGAGAAGAAGCGUAUACAGAACCGAGUCGCGCAAAGAAAUCACCGUCUACGCACAAAGGCACGCAUAGAGGAGCUCCAGAAGCAGCUUCGUGAACAUGAAGCCGGGGCAUCUGAGCGGAACGAGCAAGCGGGUGAGCUUCAAAGCAGUGCAAGGCCAUCAUCAACCCGCCAAAGCUUCUCUGCGGCUCAGCCAGACUCAUUCACUCCGCAUUCAGUCGAUGGAGAUAUUUUUGACUGCAUCCAACUCGAAGAGGAGCCGCCAAACGAACCGGGCGACGACGCGCAUCAUGGCUUGGGCGAGAGGGUGUUUGUUUCAUCCAAGGAAACAUUGUCCGGUUCUCCAAGAUCAGACGAGCACGUCGAGCAUUUUUUUGCGAGCCAAGAGGCUGGGGGAUUGACCUUUCACGGCUCAGGCAGCCUCUGGGGGCCGCCGCCCGGAGGAGCCGGAGACGCCGCGGCAAAUACAGAAGUAUCAGAAGCAUCUUCGUCGGGCAACUACUUGAGCGGCGGCGGCGGCGGCGCUCUCUUUGCGCUUCACGGCUACCAGGUGGCGGCGGAGCAGGCCGCCGUCAGCCUGCCCACCCCGUCGCCGGAGGAGGCGGCGGCGCUGGACGAGCGCGUGCAGCACGUCAUGAAGCAGGUGGAGUCGGCCGGGUUCAGCGACUUUGACGCGUUGGUUACAACCUACUACUGCGAGCCAUUCCGCGAGCCAUCGCCGCUCGCCUUCGAGCAGCAGCUCAGCCGCGCGAGGCGGCUGCCGGGCGUCCUGGCCGAGCUCUCCGGGGCGGCGAGGCGGUGGCCGCUCGGGGAGCGGCGCCGCUUCUGCGACGAGGCGGUGAGGGCGGCAGAGGGUAUGCUAGUCCUUGAGGGCAGGGCGGCGCGCAGCACCCUCGAGGCUCAUCUCGCCUCGCUCGGCGCGAUGAUCGCCUCGCCGUCAAAGCCGUGCCUGACGGCAUCCGAUCUGCACACGAUGAAAAACUUGAUCCGAAAAGAGCAACCGCACCUUUGGGGGCUCACAAUGGCUCUUGUGGCAAGCUUCCAGGGCGUCUGGCGGCACGACCGCUCAACGACUGCUCUUGCUACCAUUAUGCUCAUGCAGUUUUCCGGACGCCUGGACUCUAGCACGCUCAUUCAGUUAGUCGAGGCUUGCUGA